UUAUUAUUUUUACUUGUAGCUUUUAUUUCCACAUUUAAUAACAUAUCAAUGCUUUUAACUUUUUUAUAGGAUAUCAAAUUCGAGCAUGUGAUGAUUUUUAUUCUUUUAUGCUUUGUUAUUGAAGUAAAUAGCAAGGUAAGUUUUAUAUUUAUAAUUUAUGCAUUAAUGAAAGAAAACAUACUGAUCUGUUGUGCAUUUUUUAUGGCUUCCUUAUAGUAUUUGAGGCUUUUGGGGAAACUUGCUAGCAAUACCAGGGUAGAAUGAUAUCUUAAAUCAAAGUAAACGCUAGAAUGGUUACUACAAUUGAAAAUCAUUUAGAAGAGGGAGAGUUAAGAGAGUCACACUUCCACAGGAUAGCGAAGGUGAGCAAGAAGAUACUCAUAUGUGAAUUAUGAUUCUGAUAAUAAGGAUGAUGCAGUAUUUCAUGAAGCUGUUAAUCAUUGUGUUCAAAUGUCAGGGAAAGUGCUUAUUUGAGAGGAAGAAAAGCAAGGUCUUAAACCGCAUACUACAUUAUUAUACUUAAGCUUUAUUGAUGCUUGAUUGUUUUGUUUCAGUUUACACAUGCACUAAAAAAUCUGUGAACCGCAACUUCUUUCUCAUUAAUGAAGAAGGGCGAGUUGAUGAAGGCCACCUUAUUCGACGAUGAUAUCGAAGCUUAUGCAGACCUAAUCCAACAAGACAAUGAGUACUUUAUAUCGAAUCCCACGAUACGGAGUGUAGAAGAAAAGUAUCGUUCAAGUUCAGGAGAAUUCCAAAUGCCCUUUGAUAGCCGUACUACCAUUCAAUCCACUGGUUCUGAAUCGCACAAGUCUAGCCCAAGCUACUAUACAAUUGCGACAAUUCCUCGCACAUAUGGACUUUAUGAUAGGAUUGCUUGGAAUGAUUUGUCUGAGUUCUUGAAGGAAAAGCCCACUGCAUUUUCUGUUUACGGUUUUACUUCUCUACGCGUGACAUCACAUAGAGGUUUUGGAUUAUUGACCACCAUGUCAUCAACAAUCAUAACAGCUCCGACUGGUGAAAGAGCAGAUCUACUAAGACAAUGGAUCUCAUCUCAUGUAGACUUGCUUCGUGACCGCAAAGGAAAACUUUUAGAGAGUCGCAGUUCAUCGACAAAGUAUUUAAUUACAACAAUUUGUUCCUUCUUUUAA